GCCAAUCUAAACCAGGUUCCAGGCCACUGGAAGGGUUCAACCAUGGGGAACUCGGACACGGAACAGAAGGAGUCUUACGAAGAAGCCUCCGGGGAGCCCGGGGGGGUCGUGAGCACCAUUUCCAGCAGCAUGAACCCGCUGCAGCCGCCGGACACCUCCUCGGAGGAGCCUUUCACCACCUACUUCGACAGCAAGAUCCCCAUCCCCGAGGAUGAAAAGCAAUCAUGCUUCAGCUUCCGCAAGCUCUGGGCUUUCACGGGGCCGGGGUUCCUGAUGAGCAUUGCUUACCUGGAUCCAGGGAACAUCGAGUCGGAUUUACAGUCCGGGGCUGUCGCAGGCUUCAAGCUCCUGUGGGUCCUGAUGCUGGCGACUGUGAUCGGGCUGCUCCUGCAGCGGCUGGCGGCGCGGCUGGGGGUCGUGACGGGGCUGCACCUCGCUGAGGUCUGCAACCGGCAGUACCAGAAGGUUCCUCGGAUUAUCCUGUGGCUGAUGGUCGAACUCGCCAUCAUCGGCUCCGACAUGCAGGAGGUCAUCGGCUCGGCGAUUGCCAUCAACCUCCUGUCUAUGGGCAAGAUCCCGCUGUGGGGGGGAGUGCUCAUCACCAUCGCCGACACCUUCGUCUUCCUCUUCCUGGACAAAUAUGGCCUGCGGAAACUGGAAGCGUUCUUUGGCUUUCUCAUCACCAUCAUGGCUCUCACGUUCGGAUACGAGUACAUCACAGUCAGACCCAACCAGGAGAAGCUGCUCAAGGGGCUCUUUGUCCCAUACUGCCAGGACUGCGGAACGCCGCAGCUGGAGCAGGCUGUGGGCAUCGUGGGAGCUGUCAUCAUGCCCCACAACAUGUACCUGCACUCGGCCUUGGUCAAGUCCCGGCAAGUGAACCGUGCAAACAAGAGGGAGGUCCAAGAAGCCAACAAGUAUUUCUUCAUCGAGUCCUGCAUCGCUCUCUUCGUCUCCUUCAUCAUUAACAUCUUUGUGGUGACCGUCUUUGCCGAGGCUUUCUUUGAGAAGAACAAUGCAGAUGUGAACGCCGUCUGUGUCAACGCCAGCAGCCCCCACUCCUCACUCUUCCCCAGUAACAACCAGACGCUGGAGGUGGACAUCUACAAAGGGGGAGUGGUUCUGGGCUGUUACUUCGGUCCUGCUGCUCUCUACAUCUGGGCCAUCGGGAUCCUCGCCGCGGGGCAGAGCUCCACGAUGACGGGGACGUACUCGGGGCAGUUUGUCAUGGAGGGCUUCCUGAACCUGCGCUGGUCCCGCUUCGCGCGGGUGCUGCUCACCCGCUCCAUCGCCAUCACCCCCACGCUCUUCGUUGCCAUCUUCCAGGAUGUGGAACACUUGACAGGCAUGAACGACUUCCUGAACGUCCUCAUGAGCCUCCAGCUUCCCUUCGCUCUGAUCCCGGUCCUGACCUUCACCAGCCUCCCCAGUGUCAUGAAUGACUUUGCCAACGGACUGUUCUGGAGGAUCGGG